CCUAUCCCAAACCUCCUCCCUUCCACAUCCACACACCUCUCCUUCAAAUUUUCCACCUAUCUGUCCUAGAAAUAGGACAUACACACGACAAUGGCCUUCCGAUUCACUCCCGGCCUCUUCAACCACUCCCUUCGCACCCCUCUCAUCUUUGGCGGAGCAGCAGCUUUUGGCGCCGCAGGACUCUGCGUAGCACAAUCUCGAUUCCUCUAUCGCCAACCCAUUCGCCUCGAUUCUAGCCCCGCUUCGAUCAGCGCCUCAGACUGGUCCAUCAAUCAGUAUCAGAAUGACGCGCAGGUCCCCGUUGUGAGGAAUGGGAGGUUCAAUGUGAGGAGUGUGAGACAAUUGAGUGCGGGGAGUAUCAUAGGUCUGGUCGCGGGACUCGCCGUGUCUACUUUCUCCAAGAGUUUGGUGCUGAUCAUUGGGCUUUUGAUUGCGGGUGUACAGACUGCGGAAAGCUAUGGGAUACAUUUGGUGCCCUACAAGACGAUAGGAAGAUAUGUCAAAGGUGUCGAUGUAAGAAGCGCAGUGCAGGAUAAUGUGGCUUUCAAGCUAUCGUUUGGCUUGAUGUUUGCUCUCAGUGCGUUUGCUGAGCUGCCACAAUGAGGCUGAAGGAUGGAAUAUGUUGCGGGCUGAGACCAUGGGUAUUGCAGAGGAAAGGUGCUGUCAUAGACGCUGUCUUGACUUCACUUCGGCUCAAAUUGUCGGAGGAAAAGCCCACCACUUUAUUGAAGUUGCCAAUGAGGAUGACGAUCGGACAGACAGACACCAGCUCGGGCGAUUGGUCCCAGGAUACUCUCAGCACAGCCCGAGAAAUCUUAAGUCAUGCAUAACCAUAGUGGCCCUGGAGAUAGAUACUAGAAGCUGGGCGUUCAGUACCUUCGAAGCAAAUCGUGCAACGGG